CUUUAAAUAUUAGGCCUGGGCUUUUAAAAUAUAAAUUAAAACAUAACAAAUUUUUUGAUUGUUUACUUUUGCCCGCUUGAAUAUGUCAAAACCAUGUGGUAAGUGUACUACGUGUCCUUGUGGUGCAGGAUCGAGGCGCGGGACAGCUCAAUCGGCGACUCCUUCUCCGCAGCCUCCACCGCCGCAAACAGAAUCUAUAGCACCUUCGGCGCAGCAGCCAAGGGAAUCAGUAGUGCCGCCAAGGGAAGCGCAACAGCAGGACUCCAUAUCUAUGCAGCAGCCUCAAUAUCAGUCGGCUACUCAAUCCCAACAGCCAUCCCAAUAUCAACAGCAAUCUCAAUACCAACAGCAACCACAAUACCAACAGCAACCCCAAUACCAACAGGAUGUCCAAUUCCAACCACAAAUGCCUGCAAUGGUGUCAUGCAACAACGCAAUACCAGUAAACCAAUGCAAUUUGGCCCAAUGCAAUGCAGGGCCACCACCUCAGCAACAACAAAAUAAAAAACCAAAUGUGGAAUGCUUAUGCGCCAACAAUCGUACGCGCACACAACAGGCGCCCUUGGCUGACAAUUACACAUGCAGCAGGCCAAGACGAGAAGAGAAAGUUCGAACUCAGGAAAUCUGCACUUGCAAACAAGAAGAGACGCCAGCCAUUUGUGAAUGUGCGCCUCCACCAUUGCCACCACCGCAACAGGUAGAACCAUAUAGGGAGCCAACUCAUGCCUAUGUAACUUGUGGGGAACAGCCUACCCAGCAUAACCAAGCUAGAUCGUGCGGCCAGAACCAAUCGCGAUAUCAGAAUCAAGGUCCAUCGAAGUGUGGACAUUGUGCUGGCGAUAGACAAAAGAAGAAAAAAUGCGUAAUACAAUGAGCGCUGCGCUAUCUGUAACA